AUGCCUUCUGCAAGGUCCCCUCUCCUGCUGUGGAGAGGAAAUGCAAAAGACAUCCUAUUGAUACAUGAAGAAGAUACUGAGGAGUGGGCUCUGUACUUGCAAGAAAUAUUUAUACAUAUUGUAGAAAGAGAAGCAAUCCUGUUAUAUCCCUUGUGGAGUUUCUCUUCUUCACAUUUGGAAUUGCUAAACUUAAAUGCUUACAAAUGUAAACUUCUGAUCUUAUCUAAUAGUCUACUUAAAGACCUAACACCAAAGAAAUGUCAGUUUCUAGAGAAGAUACUUGACUCACCAGAAAGUGUAGUGACUCUGCUUUGUGGCAUGGAGAGCUCAAAUCCUCUCUUUCAAUUAUUAUGUAUCCCUGGAAGCAGAUGGGAGAUCUCAACAGAGCAGGAGCCUGAGGACUACAUCUCUGUCAUCAGACAGAUCUUAUACAGAGGUCCUGAAGACUACCUUGAGGUCAGCAUUCCACCAGACCCAAGCGCAAAAUAUAUGGAAGAGACAAGUGGACCGGAGGAAACUGAUGACCUAGAAGCUUCCAGAGUGUCUGUGCCUCUGGCCCUGGUGCUUCCUGGGGAAAUUCCAUGUGAGAAUCCCGGUGAGAUAUUCAUUCUGUUGAAAGAUGAACUAAUUGGUGAAAUUCUGGAAGUUGAAUUUAUAUCGAGUAACAAGCGCCUCAGAACACGGCCAGCACGUUGGAGUAAGAGUGUCUGGUGCAUGAAAGCUGCAGAUUUUCCUGCUGGUUCAGUCACUGUCAACAUCCACUGUGAUGGAAUCAUCAAGGCCACAACAGAGAUUAAAUACUGUUCAGCAGCAAAAGCCAUAGAAAGUCCAUUUAGAGUGUUAGAUCCAUGCAAGAGUUUAUGCCAGAAAAGCAUUGAAGAGCUUGAUGGUGUUCUUACAUCCAUAUUCAAAAAUGAGAUACCAUAUUAUGAAUUCAAACCUCUCCAAACUGAAACUUACCCUCAAAAAGAAUAUCCUCACACCAGAGAGCUCCCGACACUCCUCCACUGUGCAGCAAAGUUUGGCCUAAAGAAUCUGGCUCUACAUCUGCUGCAGUGUUCAGGGGCAUCCUGGGUAGCCAGGAUGAAGAAUAUGGAUGGUUCAGACAUGCUGCAUAUUGCUGAAAGGCAUGGUCAUGAAGAACUCAAGAAAAUCUUUGAAGACUUUGUGAUCCAAAACAUUAGCAGAAAUAAUGAGCAAGAAAAUGAUUAUGAAGAGGAUGUUACCACAUUUGCAACAUGUUCACCCUCCACACAGUCCCCAGCAUUUCAUCACGAACUCAGGAAGACCCACAGACGGAGCACAGCCACAUCUGAGGAACCUGAAAGGGCUGGGGACACAGAGGAGGAAGAGCCAGGUGCUGAGCCAAGAUCCAGGCUGCCAGAGGUCGAGGGCGAAAGCUCUGAGAACCAGUAUGACGAUUUGUAUGUGUUCAUUCCUGGAAUUGAUACAGAAAGCAGCUCACAGGAGCCUCUUCCAUACUGCAGACCUCCUCCGCCUCCACCCCGAUCAGGGACUGCUGCCUCCCAACUAGAAAGACCUCACUUCACCUCACAAGGGAAAAUGGUGGAAGACCAAAUGGAAAGAAGUCAAAACUGGAGUGAUCUUAGUGCGAGACAAGAGACAAGAGAGGAACCCAGCAAGGAAGAAAAGAGAGAAGAUGAAUCACAGAAGGAGGAGGAAGAAGAAAACCCAUAUGCAUUUGCCGAGACUGAUGACAACGAGUAUGAUCUGAUCCUGGCCAGUAAGAGCAUAAAGAAAAGAACUGGAAAUCGUUCUUUCAUUAUAAACAGACCUCCUGCUCCCACCCCCCGACCCACUCACAUCCCUUUCAAAGAAGAAACAACACCUUACAUAGCCCAAGUGUUCCAACAAAAGGCAGCCAGAAGACAAUCUGAUGAUGAUAAGUUCUACAGUCUCCCUAAGAAACCAGACAAAGCUCGGAUGGAGGGUCCAACCAUCUCUAGUGCAAAGGGUUAUCUGACCACUGGUCAGGAAGAACUGCUCCUUGGGCAGGAAGAACUGAUCCUCUUGCAGGAAAAAGUCAAGAAUGGAAAAAUGUCUGUGGAUGAAGCUCUAGAGAAAUUUAAACGUUGGCAGAUGGGAAAGAAUAGUCUGGAAAUGAUUCAACAGGAAAAGCUACGCCAACUACGAGACAACAUUAUUGGGAAAAGGCCAGAAGACGAAAAUGCCUAUGAUAAACUCACCAUUGUGCACCAUCCAAGUGGUAAUAAUGCCCACAGUGAAAAUACAUUGUACAAUUGUCCCUUCAACAAUAAGUUUCCUGCUCGACUCCAAGCUGAAAAGGAAUUUGGUUUCUGCUGCAAGAAAGAUCAUUAAAGAAGAUGAUUAUAAUUAAAGUCAAGAAUCUGCAAACAUUUUGAUACCUGGACAAAACAAGACUUCUGGUGGAGUGCCUGCUCUCUGGGACUCAUCCUCAUGUAGAUGAACACAAAGUGUGCCUUUGAAUUUCAGGAUGUGUCAUCCACAAUUUAUUACUGCUAUAUGGAGACUCAUAUCAUUCUCUGAAAAUCCAUUCAUUUUGCCACUGAAGCACCUAAUUUUCCCAUCUUGAAAAUUAAAGGAAAAAAAAACAGCAGAGUUAAAUGCAGUCUAGCAAAAUUAUGGCACUAAACUAUAUAGAUUAUUCAUCCUACUCUCUACCCCUUCAAAUAAAAACUUAUUUUAUAUUUGCUUUUUAAAUGACAGUCCAUUGUCUGCCUUUCUCACAUUUAAGAAUGUUCUUGUUACAUCGUGUUUCCAGAUAGCUUCUUUGAUUUAGUGCCUAUUUGCAUGUACCUUUGAAACGUACUUUACUUACAUUUUCCUUAGUUGAUGUUUUGUUUCUCAGUGCUAACCAAACACUCUGCCACUGAGCCAUAUCUCCAGCUCUCUCCAUUGUUUUCUGAAGUCAUAUUAAUUUUACCAACUAAUGGUGUGCACACUGAUAUUUCAGAACAUGCAUGCAUCACACAUUGGUCGUAUCCAUCCUGUCCCCUUCUAGAAGGCCCUUUUUUCAUGCCUCCUUGUCCCCAAGUCCUU